CGACCCCCGACUACCGACCACUCAGUCUAAACAUUUCCCAUCUUUUUUUCUCGCACUACACUGAAAAAGAACCCUAGCAGGCUUUCAGCACUCCGGUGAAGGCUUCAACUCCCGCGGUUUCUGUUCAUACCUCUUCUCAUUUCCUGAAAUCAACACCGGAAUUGAUUCUGACUUCUUGAGUGGGUUUUUUCCGUGGAUUCCGGCGACUAAUCUUCUCCAAUUUCCGGUUACAAGUUUAAAAUGAGCUUUCCUGCAAUUUCUACCAUGAAAUUGUAUAGCGUCAAAUAUUAUGCAGUUUCUUAGUAUCGUUGCAGUAGUUGAAGUUGGUUGAAGCCAUGCCUGCUAUAAAGAAGAAUGACUGCAGCAGUGAGGGGCAUAUAUUCAACAAUUUACUGAGGGAGAUUGGUGGAAGCCCUGUUGAGUUUCAACUCCCAGACUGGUUGAAGAAGCGGAAGCCUACACCACUCUACACUUAUAUAAAGCGCAAUAUAUAUCUCACAAAAAAGGUCAAAAGGCGCCUCGAGGAUGAUGGCAUAUUCUGUUCCUGCAGCCCAUCAUCAGGUUCUUCUGGUGUGUGUGGUAGAGAUUGCCACUGUGGGAUGCUACUGUCUUGCUGCUCUUCAAGCUGUAAUUGUGGGAGUUCAUGUCUGAAUAAAUCGUUUCAGCACCGGCCUGUAAAGAAGGUGAAAUUAGUGAAGACAGAGAAAUGUGGAUCAGGUUUGGUAGCAGAUGAAGACAUAAAGCAAGGAGAGUUUGUAAUAGAGUAUGUGGGAGAAGUUAUUGAUGAUAAAACUUGUGAGGAAAGGCUCUGGAAGAUGAAGCAUUGUGGUGAAACCAAUUUCUACUUAUGUGAAAUUAAUCGUGAUAUGGUGAUUGAUGCUACAUACAAGGGAAACAGGUCUAGAUUUAUAAACCACAGUUGUAAGCCGAAUACUGAGAUGCAGAAAUGGAGAACUGAAGGCGAGACCAGAAUUGGCAUAUUUGCGACCCGUGACAUCAAAAAGGGAGAGCAUCUGACCUAUGAUUAUCAGUUUGUUCAAUUUGGUGCAGAUCAGGAUUGCCAUUGUGGUGCCUUAGGCUGUAGGAAGAAGCUUGGGGUCAAACCUAGCAAGCCUAAGUUGUCUUCCUCAGAUGCUGCAUUAAAAGUAGUUGCCUGUGAGAUGGCAGCAUCCUCUCCUAAAGUCAAAGCAAUUCUGUCUGGAAAAUAUCUUGGUGCGAAAGUUGGACUAACUUACAAAAUCAUUGCUUGGAUAGGAUUUCCCAAAUGGAGGUCUGCAUGUAGCUCACGAGAUGGCCCUAACCAAGAAGCGUGUUUCCAUAAUUGUAUUGGUGAAGUUGUUCGAAUAAUACGACCCAUGGAUAAGAGGUGUUUUGGGAUCAUAAAACGGUUUGAUAAUAAUUCCAAGAAGCACACAAUUAUGUAUGAGGAUGGCCGUGUUGAAAUUGUUGACAUGUCAAAAGAAGAAUGGGAGAUCUGUAACCCUGUCAUGUAAUAAUGGGAUGUAUUAUUACCUGAGGUUGGCAUAAUAAGCUGUGAAUAUAUUUUGUCUUCAAGGGUAUAUAUUGGCUUUUGGUUAGAACGUAAUGUUCUGUUAGACAUCUCUGAACUUGAUCAAAAUUGUAUCUCAAUGCUGGGUAGUUGGUCCUCAAGUGUGACGAAAUAUUUGUAAACGUAGGUUUUUCUUUCUUUUAUUUUAUUCUCUCCACAGCUAUACUUUUAUGUAAAAUAUUGUUUCUUCUAAUUCUUUUGUAGACUGAUACUUUUGACAAUUUUUGGUGUAUUAGACCAUAAAGAACAUUAGAUGUUACUACAGAAAAUGGUGCAAAUGGAAAAGAUGAGCACAAACUUUA